UUUAGUACAGUAUGGAAUUGAGAUGUUUACUGCUACAAGUGUUAUAUAUCACAUUCGUUCCUUUUUGGUCUUCCUAUAAAAAAUGUGAAACUAACCAAUAAAGUGGGUAAACAAUGAUUAAAAAGUGGGUGUAUGGAGUUGAUGGGCUAAGUGUGAGAUAAUAGUGGGCAAGGAGACUUAGAGUAUACUUUGAGCAUGUGAGAUUUUCCAGGCUCCAAUAGAUAACAGGUGAUGAGAAAUCGUCAAUACUCUAAGCUACCACCAUCUGUCAUUACACGAUAAGAUUUCAUUCAUAUCCUUAAACUAUACUACAAGAUUACAAGAAUAUCUAAUCCCUUAGCAUUGCUUCCAAAGUAUUUUCACCUUCCUUCAUCAUCCUUUGCUUCACACUUUCAGAUUCUCAGAAGAUAAAUGCUCUGUACAUGACUUUCAACAAUCAUCAUCAACAUGACAAACUCUAUUCUCCCCAUCACACAUACCUUGUUAAAUAGUAAUCCAACCUUCUUUCUUUUCUUUCUCCCUAAUCAUGCAAACAUCAUUGUGCUCAAUCACCCCUUAUCCUAGAAACCACCCCAUAAUUGUGGAUCAGUCUUCCCCCUACCCCAUCUCUCUUAACAUCUAAGCAUAAACAUUAAACUUAGUCAAUAUAAUAAUAAUUUUUAUAAUCUUAUUAUACUAAUAAUUCCAUUACACAUCAUUUCUUAUCUUCUUCAUCCCGCAUGAUACUUAAAAAAGUCAAAAGAAAACUAACUUCUCUAAUCACAAAACCCUUUAAAAACCCCAAAAAAUCUCCAUUUUCUUCACAACAACUUCAACCACCAUUACUCCCAUUUCUUCAACCUUUUGAAGAACCAUCAAUGGCAGAUACCCACAACAAUCCCUCAUCCGCAUUCCUUUUCCCACAAAUCGAAUCCUCUGUUCUUCCAGAUCCUUCUAGAUUGUUCUCCCCUGAACUUCUUUCUUCUCCUCUACCAACAAACUCUUUCUUCCAGAACUUCGUCCUCAAGAAUGGCGAUCAACCUGAAUACAUUCACCCUUAUCUCAUCAAACUCUCUCUCUCCUCACUUUCUCUCUCCUACCCAUCUCGAUUCGCCAAUUCUUCCUUCAUUUACCAAGAAUUCAACGCUAAUUUCACCAUCUCUGCACAAAAUAAUCAACACCCAGAUUCACAUAAAGUGUCAAAUUUCAAUGAUCUUAGUGUAACUAUUGAUUUCCCGUCUUCUAAUCUUCGUUUUUUUCUUGUUAGAGGGAGCCCUUUUGUUACUUGCGCUGUUUUAAGAGGCACUUCUCUUAAAUUUUCAACAAUUCAUGCAAUUCUUUCGAUUUCUCCUGAUAAUUCCAACACUAAGUAUGUUGUUAAGCUUAAUAAUCAUCAAACAUGGGUAAUUUACUCUUCAUCGCCUAUUAAUUUGACCCAUGAUGGGUCUAAUAUUACAUCAGAUUCGUUUUCGGGUAUUAUUCGAUUUGCAGUGUUACCCGACUCAGACACGAAAUAUGAGUACAUUCUUGAUAAAUACUCUCACUGUUAUCCUGUUAAUGGUGAGGCUGUGUUUGUUAAACCGUUUAAUGUUGAUUAUAAAUGGGAAAAAAGAGGGUGGGGUGAUUUAUUAAUGCUUGCUCAUCCUUUACAUGUUAAGUUGUUAUUAGGUAAUAAUGAUAAUGUUGCUGUUUUGGAUGAUUUUAAGUAUAAGAGUAUUGAUGGGGAACUUGUGGGUGUUGUUGGGGAUUCAUGGUCAUUGAGGACCGAAUCGAUUCCGGUUACUUGGCAUUAUAUUCGGGGUGUUAAGGAAGAAGCUUAUGCUGAAAUUAUAUCAGCUCUUACUAGAGAUGUUGAAGGUUUGGAUUCGAGCUCGAUAUCGACAACUUCCUCGUAUUUCUAUGGGAAGUUGAUCGCUCGAGCUGCUAGGAUGGCGUUGAUUGCUGAGGAGGUUUGUUAUCCUGAUGUAAUUCCUAAGGUUAGGAGUUUUUUGAGGGAGACUAUUGAGCCUUGGUUAGAUGGGACUUUUAAUGGGAAUGGGUUUUUGUAUGAUAGAAAGUGGGGUGGAAUGGUGACUAAACAGGGUUCAACUGAUUCUGGGGCUGAUUUCGGUUUCGGGAUUUAUAAUGAUCAUCAUUACCAUUUGGGGUAUUUCCUUUAUGCAAUUGCUGUUCUUGCUAAGAUUGAUCCUGCUUGGGGAAGCAAGUAUAUGCCUCAAGCGUAUUCGUUGCUGGCGGAUUUCAUGAGUUUGGGUAAAGGAAACAUGAAUUAUACGCGUUUGAGAUGUUUCGAUUUGUAUAAGCUGCAUUCUUGGGCUGCUGGGUUGAUUGAAUUUCGUGAUGGCAGGAAUCAGGAAAGCACAAGUGAGGCAGUGAAUGCCUACUAUUCUGCAGCUUUGAUGGGGUUGGCUUAUGGGGAUACCCAUCUUGUUGCUCUUGGUUCAUCUCUUGUAGCGAUGGAGAUGAAAUCAGCACAAACAUGGUGGCAUAUAAGAGAAGGAGAGGGGAUGUAUGAGGACGAUUUCAGCAGCGCGAACAAGAUGUUGACUGUUUUGUGGGCUAACAAGAGGGACUGUGCUCCUUGGUUUGCACCACCCGAGCGGAAGGAGUAUAGGCUUGGAAUUCAAGUCCUUCCAAUAUUGCCUAUUACUGAGGCGUUGUUUCCUGAUGUGAACUUUGUGAAAGAUCUUGUGAAUUGGACAAUGCCGGCUUUGGGAAGGGACGGGGUUAGAGAAGGAUGGAAGGGAUUUGUGUAUGCUUUGGAAGGAAUUUACGACAAAGAGAAUGCCCUAGAGAAGACACGAAAUUUGAAUGGUUUCGAUGAUGGCAACUCCCUUUCCAAUCUUCUUUGGUGGAUUCAUAGUAGGGAUGAUGAUGGACAAUAUUACUAUGGUUCGGGAAGUCGUGGUUGAUUUAACCGUUAUUGUCACUAAGUAAAUUAUCCAAGGUUUGUUAAAACUUGAGAGAUGCAGAUGUUUUCUUUCAUACUUUAUAUCAAUAAGAAUGUAUCAUUUUAGGCUUCAACAGUAAUGAAAUUGCUGCACACUUGGUGUGAGACCCUGCAUCAAUUAGUCUUUGUUGUUCA